AUAUGAAAAACAGCUUCUAUCGCGGAAAAGAAGUGAACCUUGCAGGUUUUGUUCUAGAAUGUAUGACCAAAUUUUUGUCUAGUUCUGGCAUUAACUGAAUCCGCAUCAUACUUCAGUGUUAUGUCGGUUCAAGCGGGAGAAACCGAAAUCUGUCGGCCAGAGUUUGUCGAGUCAAUUCAUUGUUCAUGUCUCAGUACAGACAACUACGAAGUUGAGAACUUAAUAUCAGACAAUUAUGCUAAUCGGAACAGCGGCUUUGUGGCGUUCAGUUUCGUAAAACCGCCAGUGACUUUAACGUGGAAUUUUAAAUCGACAGUACGCAUAAUAAAUACUGUUCGAAUUGGCCUAAAUGUUGGUGAACAAAUAUGCACCGGGCUUCAAAUUUUUACGGAAACGAAACUUGAACCUCGAAAUUAUAGGCGUUAUAAUUAUCAAUCCGAAAAAUUCAAAUGGAAUAAAUUAGCCGACUUUGAAGCUAAUGAAUAUUUUUAUCCGACUGUUAUUGUUUUUUCGAAGCUUCAAUUGAACGAAGAGUUUUGUCCAGUAGCUGAAGAAUUCCUCACCAGAGUACGCAAAGUGCAGAUUCGAAUAACUCGUGUUAAAACUUCAGGACCGCCUUGUCUAUCAAGUGUGAAUUUUCUUUGUCCAACUGAAAUAUUUGCCGAUUCAAAAUCACGCGACCUCAUUACGCAAUCAAAAAGCGGUAUAGUUACAGAGCAUGAAAAAACAAAAAACGGUUCUUUAGGCGAUGUUUCAAAAUCAGAGGAUUUAUUAAAUGCUGAUGAUAAUCAAUUGAUUUCUGGCCAACCCGUCGAUAAUUUAAAAUUUCCAGACGAGUUCACGGAUAAAAUAACGCAGGAAAUAAUGUCGAAGCCAUACUUAUUACCUUCAGGGAUUAACAUAGACGAAAAUACUCUUCACAAAAUUAUAGAAUCAGCUCAAUCCCAAGGCAGAUUACCCUUUGAUCCUUUUUCCUACCAGGAAUUUUCGUCGGUGAAUUAUCCAGUUGAAAAUAUAGAAUUGAGAGAUCGAAUUCGAUAUUUUAACAGGCAGUAUAGGUUACAGAAAUCAACUCUUUUACAGAACUUCGGAAAGUGAAGAAAUACUUUGAGUCGCGGAAUUUCCUGGUGGCUUUCAGUGAGCUUGAACAUUCAAAGUCUUUAAAUAUUUGUGAUGCAUAAGGCUGGAGCUAGACGUGGAUGAAAUUUCAUCGCCAAAACUGCAAACUUGAACUGUUUACUUUAGUUUUUAAUUACUAAUCUAUGUAUGUUUUCUUAAUUGAAAGCUGACACCCGAAUAUCUGGUUAAAUUGAAUUUUUCCUUCCCGGGUGAUGUUCCUAAA